UGGAGGGUUGGAAGCAGGGGCAGUAAUGUGGUACAACAGCUACUGGUGGCGGGUAUGUUAGAUGUUUUGAACCACUCAGGAUCUUCAAGAACCGUGCGGGUGCCUCCUGAGUCACUUACGGAGGUGAAGGACGCUCUGCAGGAUGCCGGCAUUCCCUACCAGGUUCUCAUCCACGACCUGGCCGCCCACCUCCAGGCAGCAGACGAGGAAGGACGGGAGAGACGUUCAGCUGACAACAGCAGCUGCACAGUAAGCAGCUGUCCAGCGCCCCUCAACACACACUACAUGACUUUCUCUCAGAUGGAGUGGUAUCUGAGAGAUGUCAACACUUCCUCACCCACCAGGAUCACCGUCUCAUCCAUCGGCAAGUCUGUGGAAGGUCGCAACAUCUGGCUGGCUCACAUCUUGCCUUCUCAACCGUCAGACAAGGCUGUCUGGCUUGAGGCUGGUCUGCAUGCCAGGGAGUGGAUCUCUCCAGCUGUGGCUCUUCAUCUCAUCCAUCACAUGAUCACUAACACUUCAGCCACAUCCUCCGUCGACGUGUUCAUAGUACCCAUGGCUAACCCCGAUGGCUAUGUCUACACCUGGAUAACCGAUCGUCUUUGGCGUAAGAACCGCAGGGUUAAUGGUGGUGCCAGGUGUGACGGCGUCGAUCUCAACCGCAACUGGGAUUCCCAUUUCGGCGUGGGAGCCUCUAACAACCCCUGCAGCGAGGUGUACCAAGGACCAUCAGCCUUUUCCGAGCCGGAAACCAAGGCCCUGCGCGAUGCUAUGCUGAAGCUCAAGGAUAAUCUAGAACUAGUGUUGGCACUACAUAGCUAUGGGCAGGACUUGUUGUAUCCCUGGGGCUGGUCCACUGGGGAAGAAGCGCCAGGUAAACACGACCUCAUCGCCAUUGGACAAGUAUUCACACAAGCUGUCAAAAACGCAACAGGCACGGAGUACGCUGUAAAGAAUGCCGCAGAAGGUUACUACGUAGCGUCUGGUGCAACAGAUGACUGGGCAAUGGAGGCGCUACACACUAAAUAUGUGUAUACCUUGGAGUUGAGGGAUCAAGGCCGUCAAGGUUUCCUGCUGGAGCCUGCUAACAUCCUUGCGUGUAGUGAAGAAAUAUGGCAGGGAAUCACGCAAGUUAUCAAGAAGAUUAAUGCUUAACACUUUAUAAGUAAGUUUAAUUAGGCACAGGUACACAUAAGUACAAUUAUCAUACAUAGUGUCAUUUAUGUAGGAUAGCCCCCAUCGUAAGUUUAAUAUCUUUGCUGAAAACCUGCUAUAUCAUACCCAUAAUGCUGUGUGACCCUUAACAAGAACAAUAAUAAUAAUAAUAACGCACUUAGGACAUUUUAUUAUAGAUGCGUUUUGUUGCUGAGACCUUGUUUACUCCACAAGAUCCCAGGAACCAGGUCCCAGGUACCUGAUCCCAGGAACAAGGUACCAGGUACCGGGAACAAGAUUCCAGGAACAAGGUCCCUGGUCCCAGGAACAAGGUUCGAGGUCCCAGUUCCUAGGAGCAAGGUCUUGGGUCUCUGGAACAAGGUCCGGGGUCCCAGGAACAAGGUCCUGGAUCCCUUGAAUAAGGUCCCGGGUCCCUUGAACAAGGUCCCGGGUCCCUGGUACAAGGUCCCGGGUGUUAGGUAAAAGGAUACAAGUACAACUAAUGUGACAUUUUGCUGUGGCAACGUUUCGCUCUCCAGGAGCUUUGUCAAACCGUUCUACCAGCAUUAAUACAAGGUCCCGGGCCCCAGGAACAUUGUCCCGGAUCCCAGGAACAAGGUCCUGGGUCCCAGGAACAAGGUCCCGGGUCCCAGGAGCAAGGUUCCAGUACCCAGAAACAGGGUCUCGGGUCUCAGAAAUGAUCCCAGGUCCCAAAUGUUUCCAUGGUACAAUGUCCUAGAUGCUUUAUAGCUGUGGUAGGCGCCCCAUCCCCAUUAGGUCAUUAUCCGUACACAUACAAAUAUUUCCUGCUUUAACAAUAAUCUAAAGCCAAGACAACAGUGCAUAAGA